CCGAAAAGGGCGGGCAGGGAGCGGGUGGAUUUCGAGGCAGCGGAGGAUGGACGGCGGGCGAACCGAGGAGGUGGCGGAGGAGGUGGGCCUUGUUGUCAAGAGCCCCGCGCAGCGGCACACGGACCUGCUCCUGACGGCCCGGCGCUCCUGGAGUGUCCGGCGCCUCAAGGCGGAGCUCCGACGCCUUCACCCGGACGCACCGCCUGAAGACGCUCAGAGGUUGAUCUAUUCUGGAAAGUUGUUGCAUGAUCAUCUUUGUCUACAAGAGGUCCUCACCAAACAGGAGACGGUUCAUGCUCUCCAUUUGGUGUGCAACUCUAAGAAUUUGCCAAAGAUGCAAGAAACUGACAUGAAGAUGGGUGAAACCAGGCAGCAUUCCACAUCGCUGGACCAGGAUCCAUCGGUCCUUCCUCCAAGUGCUGCUUGUAGCCAAAGGCAGGCUGCCCUCAGCCAGUCUGUCACAGCAGGGGAAGCCAGCACGAGAUCUCAGGUGGCUGAACACGCCUUUCAAGGAGCGAGCUAUUCAUCCUACACAGCGUAUCACAUGCUGCAGAUCUGGUUCCAUCAGCUUUAUGCAAGACAAUACUACAUGCAAUAUAUGGCUGCCAAUGCUACUUCAGGUGACUUGUCCUCCACACGAAGUUCCCAGGAGAUCUCCGUGGCUCCGGUGACCCCCCCAGCUCCUCUUCCCGGUCCAUUUCCUGCUGAAAACCCGCCCGUCGAUCAAAAUGCUCCCCCUCAGGCAAACCCAGGAGUUAACCCAAACCUGCGCAUGAACGCUCAGGGAGGCCCCCUGAUGGAGGAGGAUGAAGAAGCCAACCGCGACUGGUUGGACUGGCUGUACUCUGCCACCCUCUUCUAUGUGUUCGUCAACAUUGUGUACUUUUACUCCAGCGUGAGCAGGCUUGUCUUGGUGAUGGCAGGCACUCUCCUCAUGUACCUACACCAGGUUGGCUGGUUCCCUUUCAGGCGGAGGCCGAUCCAGCCACCACAGAAUAAUACUCCUCUCCAAGCUGCCGUUAACCAAGAUCAGAAUAACAAUUUACAACAGGAGGAAAACCCAGGAGAACAAAAUGAAACUGAGGCACCGGAUGCCGCACGCGAGAACCAGCCAGCCACAACAUUUUCAUUUGUGAGCACAGCUUGGCUUUUCUUUAAGACUUUCUUUGCCUCACUUCUGCCAGAGGGGCCUCCAGCUGUGGCUAACUAACUGGGCGCAUCGCUUCUGCUUUCCUGUCUGCUGAGAUUGGUCUGGACACUAACUUGAAUGCCAAAAUGACCAAAGAUCGUUGGAUAAAAGGGAGCAAAUCUGCACUUAGAAGCUAAAGACAGGUGUGGCUGAAGGUACGAUGAGAUGCUGGCCCAGAGCUUCAGAGAAUUGAAUGAUAGACUAUGGAAGCCGUGGGUGGAGAGCAGUGUGAAGUUCUGUCCCUCAGCUGUCUUUGGGGCCAAGUGCUUAGAGCAGCCAGGAUGACCCGAUUCCAGUUGGAGUGCACCUCAUGCUCAAGGACACUGAGCGUGCUCCCUUGUGCAACCAGCAUAUUAGAAAAACUGUGCAGGGAAAGUCAAUGCCAAAAAUGAAGAAAAGCUGUGCUCAUUUCCAGACACAUUUAAAGGAUAAGGUGUAAAUAGCUUUCCACAGAAGGUAACAGUCGAGCCUAUUAUACUAAACAGUAUAGCAGAAAGUAUUUUCCUAGGCUUAAAGCAUGAGUGGGUUUCCUAUUUUGCCAAUUUAGCAAGUAAACACGUGGUCUGGACGUGUGUCUCCUGGUAGAUAACUGCAAAUAUGACUUCUUUCAAGCAGCUUUCUCUGAUGCAGCAAUCUAGUAAAUAUAUUUAUAACCAGGUACUUUUGUCACUACAUUUCAAAUUCAAGAAUCUCCUGUGAAUGGGAGUUGUGCAAAACAAGACUUGUGAACAUUUUCUCCCUUCCGUUCAUGUUAAGUCUUAGUUCAAUAUCAUAUUUAGGCCGAUUCCCUGCGUGUUAGUCAUUUGUAUUGUGAAUGAAUAACGCUUUCUGAAAUAUAAAUUAAAAAGCAUUGGCCCGGAUCUAGAGUUGUGUGGAGCAUAACUCCAUGAACUGGAGGCUCUGACACACGGAAGAGGAGGGGUAUUUUGAAGGGGGCGUCACAGUUCUUCCUCUUCUGCCCCUGAAUGUUCUUCAGAGUGGGGACAGUCUGAAUCUCCAAUGGUGGGUCAGGUUGAGUAGGAGGAAUCACCUAAUUACUACAGUUCAUUUUGCAAAUAGGAAUCUGAACCCAGGCUGGGGUAUUUCUAGCACUUUUUGUUCAAAGACGAGUGUGUGGGCCUCUCAGCCAUCUGGUAAAAGCUGCAGUGACAUCAGAAUGGUAUCAUGCGUUGCUGUUGCACAAUUGAUGUGAUUAUGUAAUCUGUAUCACUUGUGACUGAUGCAAAUUACUUAAAUAUUGUUGUGAUGACCUCACUUGAUCUGCAGAUACCCAGGGUGCCUAUAUAGGGGAAAAAAUAUUAUUCUUUAACAUCAUCUGCAUUUAACUUGGACAUUUUAGUACAGGUUACGGAAAGAAGUUUCAUUCUUUUGGGUUCUGAUUAAUUGGUCUGGUGACAAUGCUCAGAUAAUUUUUUUUUUU